AUCUUUUGCGUUAUUUGCAUCUCGCUAUGUUUGUAGUUGGCUAAAAAAGGUUUUUACGUUUAAAAUAAAACCAAUUGUAAUGUGAGAAAAUGGCCAAGAAUAAGUCCACUGUAUACUUGGGCUAUGAUGAUGAAGAAAUUCCAGCCAAGCAAGCUACAUUCUUAAAUAGCAGCAUCAAUAAAAUCGGUGGCGUUCCUAACUGGCCGAGACAGGAUGUUACUGUGCCCGUUUGUCCACUGUGUGGCAUGGUGCGUCCCUUGAUUGUGCAGAUGUAUGCUCCACUAGAUCGAUCGCAGUUUCAUCGAAAUCUUUAUAUCUUCGCCUGCGUGAGUCCUGCAUGCUCACAAAAUCAGAAGAGCUGGGUAUGCGUGCGUACUCAGCAUCUAGAAAAUCAAUUUGAUAUCAUUAGUGAGCAGUCACCUAAGGCCGUUAAUAAGCAUAACAAGAAGAAAAACAAAUCGAGUGCCUUACAAAAGGUUAACUGGUGUAGCGGCGCUGACGAUUGGGGAUGGGGCGAGCCUGAAAUCGUGGAGGUGGAGGCCAUGGAUCAGACACCGGAUGAAGAACAAAACGAGCCAAAUGGCAACGUAAGGCCGUAUCUAUUAAAUUAUGAAAAUCCUGGUAACGAUGACGGUUUGGGCUUGGGAGCCGUGGAUAAGUUUGUAGAAGAUGAUGACGAUGACGAAAGUACCUCUGUGGAAAACGAUUUGGUCAGUGGUUUUGGUCAAAUUGACAUGAAUUCGCCAAACAAUGAUGGCGAGGAUCCAAAUGCCAACUGUGCCGCUGCCUUUGUACCUACAGCAAGUGGAGAUGUAGCCGGAGCUGGUGCCACUGCGACUAUAUGUGCCGAGAUUGAAGGACCAGAGACAGAUGUCGUGCUAGUUGAUACUCCCAAAAAACCAGAACGCGACCUCAUUGCGUUGCUAAAACAUAAUUCCUUGCCGUCUACACUCGGUCCGUUGUCUGAAAUCAAAGACCUGACGCUGAAACCAUUUUAUAUAUCUGUUGAUGUUGAAGCAAAUGCAAAGAACGAAGACUAUGACAGCUAUGGAGGCUCACUCUCAAUGGAUCACAUACGCGAUCUUUAUCAGCAAUAUAAAGUGCAAGAUGAAAACCCAGCGCGCUCACCGAUCGCCGCAGCAGGAGCAGCUGAAGGAGGAGAAGAUCAAGAGGUCUAUGAGAAAGCACAGCCUGCGCAUGGUGAUUUGGCUUUUCAUAAUUUUAUUACAACUAUUCAGCAAAAUCCUGGUCAAGUAUUGAGGUAUUCGCGCGACGCUCAUCCAAUACUCGUAGCACCACUGAAAGAGCCCAUACCAAAGUGUCAGAAUUGCAAAGGAGAAACCAUAUGUGAAGUGCAGUUGUUGCCAACGCUAAUACCAAAACUGAGAUUUCAACAAAAUGGUUGCAGUGCGGUGCCAAUUGAAUAUGGAAAUGUUUUGGUCUUUACCUGUCUCAAGAGUUGCUGGGAUACGCCAGAUCAGAUGCGCUAUGAGCACGUUAUUGUGCAGUCCGAGGCUUAAUAUGGAUUAGGAAAAAGUAGGACGUAUCAAAAACGAAUCAAUUCAAGUCAGAAUCGAAGAAAAAACUUAAAUUUUGCAAUUUACGUUAACUUAGAAAAUGAAAAGCUAAGCUUUCUCCACUUAUCCUAGGAUGAUUUUACGCUCUAGAUGUUAAGAACGUUGUACGCUUUUAGACAGCAAAUGCCAAUGCAUAGUUGCUAACGACUCGUUAUUCUCAGUCACACUAAACAAAACAAAAAACUUUUAAUUAGUC